GGUUUUGCUGAGGGGAGGGGGGCGGAACUUCACUUAAAUACUGGAGACAUCACAGUGUCAUUCUCACAGCAUCGGACUCACCGCAUCAGCGCCUGACACACGGAGAAAACAUGGCAAACGCGUACCUGCAAGGAGUAGAGAUCUCAGCAUCUCAGUUCCUGGAUAUAUUCCAUCAUUAUGACCACGAUGGUAAUGGAUAUAUCGAGGGGAAGGAGUUGCAGAAUUUUAUCAGAGAACUUCAACAAGCUCGAAAACAAGCAGGACUGGAACUAACAGACAAGAUGAAGGCCUUUGUGGAGAAAUAUGAGCAAAAUGCUGACGGGAAAAUAGGUAUCAUUGAGCUGGUUCAAAUACUACCUACAGAGGAAAACUUCUUGCUAUUUUUCAGACAACAACUGAAAUCCUGUGCAGAAUUUAUGGAGGCUUGGAGAAAUUAUGAUGCUGAUCACAGUGGAUACAUCGAAGCUGACGAACUCAGGAAUUUUUUGAAAGACCUGCUUCAGAGGGCUAAAAAACCAUAUGAUGAGAAGAAAUUAGAGGAGUACACACUGACUACACUGAAAAUUUUCGAUUCAAAUAAAGAUGGGAAAUUAUGUCUGUCAGAAAUGGCACGGCUGUUACCGGACCAGGAGAAUUUUCUACUAAAAUUUCAGGGGGUAAAAAUGGCCAGAAAAGAGUUCAACAAGAUUUUUGAGUUAUAUGAUCAGGACAGGAACGGUUACAUGGAUGAAAAUGAGCUUGACGCCCUCCUUAAAGACCUUUGUGAAAAAAACAACAAGGUUCUGGAAGUCAGCAAAAUCCCGACGUAUAAGAGCGCCAUCAUGGCUCUGUCUGACGGAGGAAAGCUCUACAGAACAGAGUUAGCGCUGGUGUUGUGCGCAGAGGAGAUGUGAACACCCUCAUCUGUACUCACACCAUCCCAGAACCCCGUCCUCAGCUCACCUGUGAUGUGUAAAGUAGCUAGAACCCUCUUACGUUCUUUCAUUUUGAAUAUGAAUUUCACAUAGAAAGGCAACCCAGUGGCACAUACUUUUCAAUUUGUUGUUUCUAUACUGUUUCUAAGUGUACAGAUUUUUUUAACAAUGGCACAGAUACAAUACUUACAAACUACACUGCAUACAUGAACACAUUUCCCUCAACAAAAGAAGAAAGCCAACAUGCUACCGUAUCCCCAUCUCAAUUCAAUACCCAAAAUACCUAUUCAGUAAGUAUAAUAAUAAGUAUUGAUUUAUCUUACAAUAUCAUAUACAAAAGCAAUAAUGUCCUCAAAGAAUGCUGUUGGUGGGAUCCAGCGUAAAAAAACUCCAAAAGGCUGCAUUUACUUUUGCGAUGCAUGUUUGUAACUGACGGCAGGCCCUGCUAGUGGGGUAUUUUUGACUGCAAGCACAUGCCGAAUGUAAUGCAUCGCCCCAGUCCUGUCUCUAAUGUUAGAUUUUGCACUGUAAAAAAGGACAUGCUCCUCUAUGCUAAACACCACAGACACUGUGUAAGAAAAUAUUAAACUUAUUGACUACUCGCAUCCAGUUGUGUGUCAUGAAUCCCUCAGUCCCUAAAAAUCUGUCUAAUUUUAAUUGUAAACAUGCAUGAGAUUCUUUCUUCUGUGGAAAGGUAUCUUU